UAAAACGAUGAAAGGUACAAAAUGACAUAAAACCCUCACCCUUCGAUUCUGCCUCCAAGUCCCAACGUUCACAUUCUCCGUUCCGUUGCUUCCAGACUAAGCAAAGGACUCAAAUAAUUGAUUGACAUACAGAGAAAAUAUUGCAAGAGUCCGUAACCCUAGUUUCAUUGAUCGAUCGUCGGCGGAAAAUGUCGCCGGCGGCCGUGGAUGCCCGGUCUCCAAUCGCCGCCUCAUCGGUUCCCCAAAAUCCCAAUCCCAAUUAUACGCUCAAUUUCAGUGCAACUUCUUCGAGCGAUUUCACGGAGAAUACUGUAACCGAGUGCGAUCGCGGCGUACCUUUUGCUUCAAAUGUGGCGCGGGCUGGCUCGCGAGCGCGGCCGAGGCGCGUGAAAGUGAGGAAGCAGCUGGGGAGUCAGCAGGAGCGGUCGACGGCGGCGUCGAACGAGGUUGGUUCGAAUUUCAAUCCGUUUCGGGUUGUUGUGGGUCGAGUGGGCGAUGGGGCUAGCACGUCGAAUGGAGUUCUGGAGAGUUCCAGUUGGGUGAGUACCGGUUCUAGUGCUUCUAAGGGUUUUAGUUUUUCGAAUGGUGAUAUUAGGCAUGUGAACUCUGAGGGUGCGGGCUUUGUGUUUGGUGCUAAUCGAAGUGUUUUCGAUGCAAACCUGGGGUAUAAUGUGAGUGGGAUGAGUGAAAGUGUUGGAGAUUUGGGUAGCGAGGACGAGGGGAAGGUGAAAGAUUCGAAUGUAACACAGCUUGGGGAGAUGGACCAUGCGGGUUUUGUGUUUGGUGCUAAGCAGAGUGGUUUUGAACGGGAGUCCUACGAGGAAAAGAGACUGUCUGGUGAAAAUGCUAGAAAAUCAGUGGUUGGUGGUGAGGGAAUUGUGGAAACAGAGCCUAAAUCGGACCAUGGGAAGUUUCAUGAUGUUCGUUCCAUGCUUGAUGUUGAUCAGAGUAAUUUGGCUUUGAAAUCAAAUGCAGAAAGGAACCGGGAAUGUGCAAAUAAAUCAGGCUCUGAAGGUAUUGGAAAAGCGAAAUUAGACACUGAAACCAAGUGUGGGAAGCAUGAUCAUGUGGUGUUUGGUACUAGUCAGAGUGAUCUGCCAUCAAUUUGGCAUUCAGAAAAGGGAGAGUCUGGUGAGAAUUCAGAGAAGCCAGAUCAUGACGAGGAUAAAGUGAAUAUGCAGACUGAAACAAUGUCUAAUAGAUGUGCUGGUCAGAGUAAAAACUCGAGUUUAUUGGACUCUGAAAAUGCUGGCAUUUUGAGAAGUCGGAAGGAAGUUGAGUUUGGGAAGCAUGAUGAUUUGGGUUUCGUAUUUGGCAGUAGUUGGUUUAGUUCAGUGUCAAAGAACUUGGAAAUGAGAGAAUCUGGUGAAAUGCUAGGGAACUUGGGUACUGAGGAUUGGGAGAAGGUGAAAGUGGAGAGUGGAGUAGAGUCCCAUAAAAUGAAAGUUACUACUGUUAGCUUUGAUACCGACGUAGAUAAGAGCUUGAAGGACAAUAUUGAUCAGGGAGUCUUUGUAUUUGGAAGCGGCAGUAAGACUCAGAAUAGUGAGAUCAAGUUGAACGAUAAACAAUCUGAUAAUUGUGAAAGCAUCAAGACUCAGGCCAAUGAUUUAGGUUUUGAUGUCAAAGUUAAGGGGAGAUCUGAAUUUGGAGAUACUCGUAGUGUGGAAAGUGCUUCUGGGACAAAUCCCUUAUUUAAACUUCCGGAUGAAUUGAAGAAAUUGAAUAUCGAUGAUUCCGAGAAGGGUGAUGGUACUCACAAGAGCGGAGAUUUGAAUAAGAACUUGCAUGCCAAUUCUAGGGCUGCUUUCAUGUUCAAAAGAAUCGAGAAGGCUUCUGGUUCUUUUGACAAAAGUUCAUCAGGAUUCAAUAAGAAUUUGAAGGCUGGCCAAUUUCCUCAAGGUCAAGCCAAUGAUGAUACACAACAGAAUGCAUCCGUUGCAUCAUCUUCAUUCUCUUCGAAUGGCCUUGACUCCCAACCAAAUGGUAGUGCUUCUGAAAUAAAUUUUGUCGGUGGACGUGAAAAUAAGGAUGGGAAUCGUUUUACAAGCAUUCCAGAGGGAUUGGGGGUGCCCUUUACAACCUUCAGCGAGCCAAAAUGGGAUCCCUCUUGCUUUAAAGGAAAUUUAUAUCCUGAAAUAAAUAAAAAGGCCUCAGUAAAGAAAAGGUUUGUUAAGGACAAAAGAUCAAACAAAAUGAGGGGAAAAUCAAAGUUAUGUUCCCUAAAUAAGCAAAAGCCAGGACAAGAUCAUGUGCAACAGGAAAUCAGUUCUGAAAAUCCAGACUCACCUGGAUGUUACUCCCCCAUGGAUUUUUCUCCCUAUCAAGAAACUACAGCGGCUGAUCCAUUUUUAAGAGAAGCUAAUGUUACUUCACAGGAGUUCUCCUACCUAGAUACUGAUUUGGCACCCUCUACCCUGCAUUCAAGAGCUCUGAAUGACACGAAAGAUGAAGAUUUGGGUGCUUCAGAAGGAUUAGAUGUUAAUAAUACAAGUGAGAAGAAAUCUAGAGAGCAGAAUGAGGUGAAGUUUUAUUAUCAAAAUGGAAGUGGUGCUGGUGUUAUGUCAACAGGGGAUAGAACUGCUUUGAGCUCAAACACAGAGAGGCAAGACAAUAAUUGUAGAGCACAAUUCCAUUCUUCUUCAAGUUUGGAAAAGAUGGAGAAAUUUUUUACAUUUUCUGCAUCAUCCUCUGCACAAGGUGGUUUAUCAGCAACAAGGCAUCAACAAAGAAAGAAAAGUAAGGGGAAGGUUCGUCGUGAUUCAUCUGUUAGCACUCCAAGGACAAAUGUCAACACUCGAUCAUCUUCUGCUCCAUUGUCACCCAUUACCACUUCACAUUUGGAUGCAGUGGAUAAAUCUGAAGUGCAUGAACAUUCGCAAGGGGAUACAUCUUUCUCUGUUUCCAUUCAAAAAACUUGCGAUAAGCUGCGACUCAGGGGAAACCAAGCUUAUAGAGAUCGGCAGCUGUCUAAAGCUGAGGAUUUAUACACCCAGGGGAUAGUUUCUGUCCCUUCUAGUGAAAGAUCGGGAUGCUGCCUUGGGUCUCUCUUGCUGUGUUAUAGCAACCGUGCGGCUACACGGAUGCUUCUGGGAAGAAUACGGGAAGCUGUAGGGGACUGUGUGAUGGCUAUCGCACUAGAUCCCAACUUUCUUAAAGCUCAAAUGAGAGCUGCAAAUUGCCACCUUGUCCUUGGGGAAGUGGAAGAUGCUCUGCAGUGUUUUAACAAGUGCUUGGAAUCAGGGGGUGGUGUUUGCUUGGAUCGGAAAGUCAUUAUAGAGGCUGCUGAUGGUGUUCAAAAGGCUCAGAAAGUGGCCAAGUGUACGAAUCGUUCUACCGAACUUUUGGAACAGAGAACCUCUGAUGCUGCUCUUAGUGCUUUAGAAAUAAUUGAUGAUUCCCUGUCAAUUAGUUUAUACUCGGAAAAAUUACUUGAAAUGAAAGCGGAGGCUCUUUAUAUGUUGCGGAAGUAUGAAGAGGCAAUUCAGCUCUGUGAGCAGAGUCUCUCUUUUGCUGAAAAGAAUUUUGCCUCGCUGAGCACUGUAGCAAAUGUGGAAGGUUCUGGACGUGAAAGUUACUCAACUGUUAGACUUUGGAGGUGGUGCUUGAUAUCCAAGUGCUACUUUCAUAUGGGAAGACUUGAGGCAGCUCUUGAAUUACUUCAGAAGCUGGAACAAGGGAGAUCUACUAUAAACAAGUCCGGAAUUAAGAGUUUGGAGUCGUCAAUUUCAUUAGCUGUCAUCAUACGUGAACUUUUGCGCUGCAAGAAAGCAGGGAAUGAAGCAUUUCAAUCCAGGAAAUAUAUUGAUGCAAUAGAGUACUAUACCAUUGCUUUAUCUAGCAAUGUCGAAUCACGUCCUUUUGCAGCAAUCUGUCUCUGCAAUCGUGCCGCAGCAUACCAAGCUUUGGGCCAAACUGCUGAUGCUAUUGCAGAUUGCAGUCUUGCCAUAGCCCUUGAUGGAAAUUACGCAAAGGCUUUUUCUAGAAGAGCCACCCUACAUGAGAUGAUUAGAGAUUAUAAACAAGCAGCUAGUGACCUCCGAAGACUCAUAUCAAUUCAUGAAAAUCAGUCUGAUGAGAAAACCAAACAAUCAAGCACGCCAGGUAGAUCCACCAGCAGUUUGAAAGAAUUAAGGGAAGCUCAACGGCAUCUGCCUUUGAUGGAAGAAGAGGCUAAAAAGGGAAUUCCUUUGGAUUUAUACCUGAUUUUGGGAAUUAAACCAUCUGACACAGCAGCUGAUAUCAAGAAGGCAUACCGUAAGGCAGCUCUUAGACAUCACCCAGAUAAGGCUGGCCAGUUCCUGGCAAGAAGUGAAAGCGGAGAUGAAGGGCGACUUUGGAAGGAGAUAUCCCUAGAGAUUCACAAGGAUGCUGAUAGGCUAUUUAAAAUGAUUGGAGAGGCGUAUGCAGUGCUUUCAGACACCACUAAGCGGUCAGACUAUGAUAUUGAAGAGGGUGCGAGGAAAGCCCCAAAGGAAAGCCGCAGCUAUAGAAGAACUUCAGAUGUUCACAGCUCUCAAUUUGAAAGAACCAAUAGAGGAAACCGUUGGGAGAAUUGGAAAACAUAUGGAAAUUCGCAUUCCCAAUGGUGAGAAUGCACCGGAAUCUCAUAAUUUAAAAGUGAAUGGGCUAUGGAACAAAGGGCAUAGCGCGUAUAGGAGGAGGCACUAGUUCUACGAAGGAUGUAUAGAAAUCACUGGGUACCGAACUGAUAUAAUCAGGUAAUUGACAGCCGGAUAAUGCAUUAUGUUGGAAAUGACUGUGCCCUUUGGUUUAAGAAUGAUAGUGUUGUGUGGGGUAUUGCAGUUUUGGGCUCAAGGAUUGCAUAUAAUCCAAGGGAGUCGAGAGGGAUGAGGGGGAUUUUGGUCCUGACACACAGGAAAACAUUCAUUCAUAUGCAAAAUUCUCCACCUUGAAAAGAUAAAAUGCUUGGCACUGCAUCCCAAGCAAAGAAGGUUGGAGUAAUUUGGUAUACCUCAAUUUUGACGGAUUUCAUAUUAAAUUGUAAUUUUUGUUUUACAAAUGUUUUAGAUGCCUAUUUAUAGAAGAAGCUGCGUGUUUCUCUGUC